CUUUUCUUUUCAAAAAAUAGAUUAACAUAAAUAAUUAACACAAUGAGAUGAAGACAAAAAGUGAUGACAUUAAACGACGCAUGAGUACACGAAGCAGUGAGACUUUGGUGGUCAAUGAUAAAGAUCUUUCGACAGAAAAUUCUGAGGGAAAUUCUACAAAGAUAAUUACUACAAAAAAGCAAUGCACAGAUCGCCAAAUCUUUCAAUAUGAAGAACAAGAAGCCAUUUCACGAGAUUCUCAUGAUGAUGUUGAUUUGUUUUGCCGCACAUGUCGUAAUAUUGAAGUUGCUAUCAGUGAUAUAAAUGAUUUGAAAAAAAGCAAAGACGGAUGUGAAGAAAUCAAAGAAAAACGUAUUGAUGCUGUUAUUCUAGCUACAAAUUUAAAGAAACUAAACAGGCUUACCCAAAUGAGAGGAAAGAAUGCAGCAGAAAAAACUCAGGCAGCAAAAUCAAAGGUUGAUAGUCUUCAUCUUGAACUUCAAAAUCUUUUGUAUGAAGUUGUGCAUAUCAAGAAAGAAAUUCAGCAAUGUGUCAACUUUUCAUCAAAAGAUGAAGAUAUUGAUUUGGUAGACAUUGAUACAUUUUAUAAAGAAGCUCCUAUUGAACUUUCUCAUCCAGAGGUAACUAAAACAGAUGCCCAUAAACAAAUGUUGGCUAGACUUGAUUGGGAGUUGAAACGGCGUAAACAAUUGGUUGAACAGAAAAAUAAAUUCUUAGAAGAGAAAAAAAAAAUUGAAGAUGAAAUUAAUUCUAAGACAAAUUAUUUAAAUAGUUUAAAACCACAUCUCGCACAAAUAAUGAAGACUACUGAGCCUGUACAAGAACUUAUGGGUGUGUCAUUUGAAACUGAGCGUUUGAUGUUUGAAUCUGCACAGUAUUUAUCCAGACCUUUAUAUUUACUGUACGUUCAAGCUAAAGCUUACAGAGAUACAUGUGAUAAAGUAAUGCAAGUUGAAAUAGAAGGUGAUAUAAAUGAAGCUAAAAAUGAUCUUCAAACAGAAACUGUAAUUAUAGAUGAGAGUGAUGAUUCUGAUUCGGAAAAUGUUGAAUCCUUUGAAACUAACGGCGAAAGUCACAGAAAUCGAAAAAAGGAAGGCACACUCAAUCGUUUAGAAGAAAAGCGAAACAAGUUGUUAACUCCCCAUCCUCUUUAUGUGCGAAUAAAAUGGAAAAAAAAAGACACGUAUGAGUUAGAUAUGCUGUUUAAAUAUUUGCCUCAAUUGAAUGUGAGUUGUAUCCAAGUAAAUUUAAAUAUUGAAGGUUCAACAUCUUUUCCUCUAUUAUCAUCUGACGUCAUUUUGAGAGACCUUUUAGCCUCAGAUUCAGGCAGUGAACUACCAAGUGUUGCAAGCAAGUAUCAAUUAGAAUGCUUAGGUUCAGAAUCUUUUGAUCCUUAUAUAAAAUUGGUUGGUUAUCCAUAUUUGUGGGUCCAGUGGAUCUGUGGAUUAAAUAAUUUACCAAACAAAAAACUUCAAAAUACAAUGACCGAUUCUGCAAUAAAUAUGAAGCAUUUCCAAACAGUAAUCAAACAUAUACGAAAAAGAAUAAAAGGAAGACUGUCGUUACAAAGGCAGUUACAUCUGCUUGAAAGCCUCCAGCUUCCUGAUUUAAACAGUCCUUGUAAAUCGUUCAGUGUAUUAACAAGUUGGAAAGAGCUUACAUUAGAGGAGUUUAUGAGUUACGAAAAGGGAAGGGCGUUGUUUGCAAUGGAAAUCGUCCCGCGUGAUUCUAUGUACUACUCUGCUACAGUUACUCGAGAAGAAAACUUAGAUGUUUUAGUGGCUAUACACCCAAACUAUCCUCAAGAACCGCCAGUUUUUUUACUAAGUAUACAAACUGCUUGUAUUGAAAAGCGAAAUAGCUUAAGAAAUUUAGAACGUGAAAUAAAUGCUUUUACAGAAGAAUUAGUCCUUAAGUGCUCAUCAGAUAUGCUUCUUUCAUCUAUGCUUCAUAAGUUGGCGGUAUGUUUUGAUAUAUUUGUCGAGACAGGGGAAAAGAUUUCUAGUAAAGAUCGACUUUAUAUAAGAAAAUUAAGAGGACGCGAUCGUAAUCGACCUUAUCGUUAUCAAAAUGAAGGAUAUUUUAUACAACGUUAAUAAAGAAUGAAACGUUAAAAUUUUGUUAUGAAUUAAUUUAAAACAGUGUCGGAAUAAGAAAUGUUGUAGAACUUUGAAUAUCUUGAAAUUGUGAGUCGGAUAGCAAAGAGAAAUUUGACUUCUGCGAAACUACGUUUUAAAAAGAUAGUGAGCCUCUUAUAAUCUGUCGUAGUCAUCGUCUAACAACCGGUUGGAAUCAACAAAAUUACUAUUUCAACCUUCCGAAAUGAGUUUUGGGUCAAAAAGUUAAAAAAAUCAAAGCUUUGAAUAUUAAGAUACUAGAAAUUUCUAAAAUUUUUUAAAUAAAAUCAUUUUGCAAUUUUUAUCUCUAUUGUGUAAAUAAAUAACAGUUAAAGUCAUUCAAAACAUUAAAAAGUAAAUCUAAAAUUGUUUGUAAAACAGUGUAGUUCCAUAAAAUCUAAUACAAAGUGA